CCCAAUUUUUAAAUUUUAUUUGCUUAUUAAAAACAUAAAAAACAAUUUACAUAUUUACAUUUUUGAUAUAAAUAGCUAUAAUUCUUUUCUCAAAUAUUAAACGUGGAAAUUGGUGAUUUGAAUUCAUUUUACAUAUGUAUGUCUAUACACAACGAAAGUAAUUGUAUUGUACUUGUUCAUUUGUAAACACUUAAUACAAUAAAACUUUAAUUUUGUGAAUGUGAUAUAUGAUGUAAUAAUAACCUGGUAAAGUAAGUAAACAAUUAUCCCUUUCUCGUACUUGUCCUUAGCAAAUGGUGUUGUUUUUAUUCACAUAAGUUCCUAUGUUUUCAUUUAAAUCUUUGUAAAAAGGGUAAACUUAUAAAUUUUCUUGAACGAGGAUAAUAUGUAAGCAUCACUUGAGAUUCUUCAAUGUUUGUUGACUUGUCAUUCUGUUAAAAAUUAAAUUCUAUUCGGCAUUUUAGUUUGCUUGGUUAUCUCGUGAUUGCAUAUUUCCGAUCAAAAACAAAAUUGUCAUCAAACUAUGGCUUUUUUAGUACUUGGCGAGAAAUUUACAGAUCUUGACGAUCUGAAUGACAGGGUAACAGAGCAUGAAACAGAAGCCCAACAAAUAUAUAUCGUACGCAAUUAUUGUACUAUUGAAAAACAGUAUCCAAACGACACUAGAGUAAAUAGAAAAUUAGUGUAUUCGGUUUUACAAUUACGCUGCAAACAUGGACCAAAAUCACGUGAAUCGCAAGCUACAGGGCUUCGAAAAAGCCGAAGUUUGAAGCUGAACUGUCCAGCAUUUAUAAAUUUCACUUUGUCGAAAGAUAGACAAUCGUUGGCUAUAAGUAGUCUGAAUCUUGAUCAUAAUCACGAGAAUUUCUACGAUACUCUGCCUGAGGUUCGUAGAUUAUCUGAGAAAGAAAGUCGAAAGGUAGCACGACUUGUAAAUGACCUCGGGUCAAGCAAAAGAAAAAUCAUGAUCGAAAUCUAUGAAAACUCAAAAAAACGAGUCACAAGAAAAGAUAUCGAUAACAUUUGCGCUAUAUAG